GCAGCAACCACACCGCCGGCGGCACCCGCGCCGCUGCCUUCCAAGCAGCCCGCCAGCGGCCCGGAGAGCAUCCAGACCCAGUCAGACCUCCUCAAGUCCCUCGACACCGUCAACGUGUCCCCGCUCUGGGCGCAGAUGGCGCGCCUCAACCCGGCCCUGCCCAACCCCAGCACCGUGCCCUUCCUGUGGUCCUACUCAGCCAUCCGACCGUACCUAGUCCACGCGGGGAACCUCGUGCGCGAGGAGCAGGCCGAGCGCCGCGUCCUCAUGCUCGUCAACCCGGGCAGGAACGCGGCGCCGUACACCACCGACACGCUCUACGCGGGGCUGCAGCUCGUCAUGCCGCGCGAGACGGCCCCCGCGCACAGGCACUCGGCCUUUGCGGUGCGCUUCAUCAUCGAGGGCCAGGGCGGGUUCACCGCCGUGCACGGCCGCCGGGUCGCCAUGAAGCCCCGCGACGUGCUCGUCACGCCGCCGUGGAACUGGCACGACCACGGCAAGAAAGGCGCCGGCGAGCAAGGCGGGGACGACGAGCCCGUCAUCUGGCUCGACGGGCUGGACCUGCCCGAGUUUGUGCAUUUCCCCGUGCACUUCAACGUGCACUACGACCAGGCGCGGUAUCCGGCCGAGGAUGUGGGCGUGGACGACUCGCCCAUUGUGUUUCCGUGGGAGCAGGUGGAGGAGAGGCUUGCCGCGGAGCCCGGGCCGUGGGCGGCGGUGCCGUAUCUGCGCAAGAAUGGUGCCGAGAUCGGUCGCACAAUCGGCGCGCUUGCAGAGCGUCUCGACGCCAACGCUUCCUCGCCCGCCAUCCAAGAGACGGCCUCGUCCGUGUACCACAUCAUCGAGGGCACUGGGCACUCCGUCAUCGGCGAGACGACCCUGCACUGGAAGAAGGGCGACACGUUUGCCGUGCCUGCAUGGCACAAGUACCAGCAUUUUGCAGGUGGCGAGCAGGUAUACCUGUACCGCUUUCACGACAAGCCGAUGCUCAAGGCGUUGGGGUUCUACCGGGUGGAGGGAGCGGAUGUUGAGAGUUUUGCGGAUGUGUGGUAGGGAUUGUGGCUGCAACAACGGUGCAGACAGAUAGCGAGACGUAUGCAAUUGGAAGUCGAUAUGGCUGGCUAUGGCUGGUGGUGACCUCAAGGCGCUUUUAAUUGUCAAUUCCGGCU